AUGACCAAGUACGCAUUCACCGUCGAGUUGGCAAUUAGGUACGUCUUUUGGGCCAUCUACAAUAUCUCGUUUAGAACAAAACCUUUUUAAGUUGCAGGCAUCAAAGUUUGAACAUUGCUAGUGGAAACCAAUGUGUUUUCGAGGCCGACAAUAUCCGUUUUUCAGAGAGUACGAUAGCGGCGAUCCGUUGGCCUUCAAAAUGGACGGACAUCGAUUCGAUGGAGCGCUCCGAACGCUGAAAUGGAGCACCGAUCAGACGUACACCGUCAAAAUCACGACGAAGCCGGCGACUCAAGUCGAGUUCGUCACCUUUUUCAUUCAUAUUCGCGUGGCCUAGAAAACGCGGGUGUGAAAACUCUUCCGCGCCGAUAUAACAAGACACCCUUGCACUCAUUUUGACAAUCUGUUAAUUUGUGUGAUUGCUUGGCAAGGGUGCAAAAAAAAAUCCCAUGGCCUCGGAGUUUUCUAGGCCACGGCCACAACUUUUGGGACUCGGCCUUGAAAUUGCAGACGAAUCAACGUGAACGGAUCGGAUUUGGAGGUGACAAAAGAGAAAUUGGGCGUGUACUCGGGCAACUGGAACACUUGUGGCGCGGAAAUUUCGAAAAGAGGCACCCGAACACCGCUGAUCGUGCUCGUCACUUUUGCGCCCGAAGGACAACUCCGUGUCGAGUUCCAGUCGAAAAUUUACGGAAAAGUGAGUGCUUUUUGAGCGGAUGUGCACGCGCGCACAAAAAAUUGUCUCGCUCAGAAUGACUCGCACGCAGUCUGGGGCCACAAAAUGAAUUCGGUCGAGUUCAAGUGCAGUGGCGACGACGACGGAUUCGUGAAAAUUGUCGACGAGAGCUACAAAUGA